UGCUGGAGGGAGUUUUGGGAGAAGAGAUGGUUUUUAAAAAGUGAACUAUUCCAGAUAUCUAAGCACGUCAGAAGGAUCGUGUCCGAAGGAGGCCAGCUCCUGUCCGGGGGAAGGACUUGAUAGCCUAAGGGACUGCCCACGUCCGGGCAGAACCCACGUGCGAAGACCGAAGACCUUCCGCCCGCAUCCUUUUCUGGGAAGCGCAGUUUUGUGACUCGCACGCGGUGAUUCUUACAACGCGGCGGGCGGCGGGCGGCGGGCGGCGGGUCCCCCAGAGGCUCCCGUCUUCCCCUCUCUCUGCGUGCGGGCCCCGCCGCCCUACGCUGGCCGGGCCGUGUUCUCGCGGGGCGCGGAGGCCGCGCGCGGCCGCGGAGACUUCUGGGAAGUGUGGUUUUGCUGGAGGCGCCGGGCGCAGCACCGGUACUAGUGUUUGCGGCGCGGAGCGUUCUGAGAAAUGUCGCUUAGCUGUGGGCUCCGCUCGUGGUCCACUCCGUGCUAGUGUCGGGCCAGGCGAACUUCUCCGUCCUGGACGCUGGGAAGACGCGCGGUGCAGUUCCCGUGAGGGCGGCUACCAUUGUCCCCGCACAGCGACCCGGCGCGUCCGGUGUGUUACAGAGCUGCAAGAUAAGUCCGAUUUUUCUUGACUGCUUUUUCCUGUCCUUAAUUUGCCAUCUCAGGACAGUGCCCUCCAAUUACACAAGAGCCUGGAAAGACAACUGUGUUGAUUACUGGAAACUGCAAAGUCAUGUUCCAGAGAAGAUUUUCUGCUUGGCAGAUAAUGGUUUUUAAUUAUUUCUCCAACAUCUGACAAAGGUUACAUUUAGUGAUGUGGCCAUAGACUUCUCUCAUGAAGAGUGGGGAUGGUUAGAUUCUGUUCAGAGGGAUUUAUACAAGGAUGUGAUGGUCCAGAAUUAUGAGAACCUGAUCUCUCUAGCAGGUCUUUCGAUACCUAAGCCACAUGUGAUCACUUUAUUGGAGGAUGGGAAAGAACCUUGGAUGGUGGAGAAAAAGCUGAGAAAAGGUAUGUUUCCAGAUUGGAAAUUAAGAUGGGAAAACAAAGAAUUAUCAGCAAAGGAGAAUAUUUAUGAGGAUGACUCACCUGAAACGAGAAUUUCUGCUGAAGGGAAAUCACAUAAACAUGAUAUAUUUAAGAAGAGCUUACCAAAAAAGUCAUUUAUAAAAAAUGAGAAUAUCAAUGGUGGAAAGAAACUUUUGGAUUCUAAUGAAAGUGUGGCAGCCGUCAGCCAGAGCAAAUCUCUUACCCUUCACCAGACUUAUAAUAGAGAGAAAAUCUAUAAAUGCAGUGAAUGUGGGAAAGCCUUUGGCAAACAAUCGAUUCUUAAUCGCCACUGGAGAAUUCAUACAGGAGAGAAACCUUAUGAAUGUCAUGAAUGUGGGAAGACUUUUAGUCAUGGCUCAUCCCUUACUCGCCAUCAGAUAAGCCAUAGUGGUGAGAAACCUUACAAAUGUAUUGACUGUGGGAAGGCCUUUAGCCAUGUCUCAUCACUUACUAAUCAUCAAAGUACCCACACUGGAGAGAAACCAUAUGAAUGUAUGAACUGUGGAAAGUCUUUUAGUCGUGUUUCACAUCUCAUUGAACAUCUGAGAAUUCAUACUCAAGAAAAGCUUUAUGAGUGUCAAAUAUGUGAGAAGGCCUUCAUUCAUAGGUCAUCUCUCAUUCACCAUCAGAAAAUUCAUACUGGAGAGAAACCUUAUGAAUGUAGUGAAUGUGGAAAAGCCUUUUGCUGUAGCUCACACCUUACUCGACAUCAAAGAAUUCACACUAUAGAGAAACAAUUUGAAUGCAGCAAAUGUCUGAAAGUCUUCAGUAGCCUCUCAUUUCUUAUUCAGCAUAAGAGUAUUCAUACUGAAGAAAAGCCCUUUGAAUGUCAGAAAUGCAGGAAAUCCUUCAACCAGCCUGAAUCACUGAAUAUGCAUUUGAGAAAUCACAUUAGAUUGAAACCUUAUGAAUGCAAUAUAUGUGGGAAAGCCUUCAGUCAUAGGUCAUCCCUGCUUCAACAUCACAGAAUUCAUACUGGAGAGAAACCCUAUGAAUGUAUUAAAUGUGGGAAGACCUUCAGUUGUAGUUCAAACCUUACUGUACAUCAGAGAAUUCAUACUGGAGAAAAGCCAUAUAAAUGUAAUGAAUGUGGGAAAGCUUUUAGCAAAGGCUCAAAUCUUACUGCCCAUCAGAGGAUACACAAUGGAAAGAAACUCAGUAGUGCCCUAAGUGUGGAAAAACCUUUAGACUAUGUAAAUCACUAUAUGUGUGAAAAAUCAUAUAUGAGAGAAACUGUAUGAAUGCAGUGUUUUCAUAAUACAUUUCAACCAUUGAUCCUCCCUGAUUCAGCAUCAGAAAAUCAAUAUUGGAGAAAAGUCUUAUGAGAGUAAUGACUAUAGAAAGGUUUUUAGCAAUGGUACAAGCCAUAUUGUCCAGAGUUCACACUGAAGAGAGACCAUAUGAAAGCAAUAAAUGUGAGAAUGCCUUUAGCCAGUAUUAAUCCUUUGGUAAGUAAAUCCACACUGUAUUUACUGUUCUGUAUAUGUAACAACAAAUAUGUGGAAGACUUGGAAAUAUGAAUCUCUUAGGAAAUAUGUACAGACAUAUACAAGAGAGACAAACUAUGAAUAUAAAGUUGUGGCAAGUCUUUUAGUUAAAGUGUAUUCCUCAUUCUACAUCAAAGAACUCACACUGCAGAGAAAGCUUAUGUCAGAAAUGUAGCAAAGUAUUUACUAAGAGUUCUUAUUGGACGUGAAUGUCUGGAACAACCUGUGUACUAAUGCUAGAACAACCUGAAGGAUGUAGGACUUACGUGUAAAUCUUUGCAAUGAUGCCAUUUGUAAACAGUUACAGGAGAGCAAACAAGCAUAUUAUAAAUAAAUAUGCAUUUCUUAUAGCAGUCACUUGCAGUUUUACUUAAGUCCUACAUAGAAAUUAUCUAGUUAAUGGGCAUUGGAAGAUACUUAGUCACUCAGUGGACUGAGUAAAUGUUAUAAAAAUGAAAAUUAAGUUUGCAAAAGAAGUAAAAAGUGGUGUGAAUGAAAUUCUUGAUCUCUAAUAAAACCAGUUGUAUAUAAUAAACUCACAGUGACACUGAUAUAUCUUGUAAAACUUUCUAUUACUUGCCUCUUGAUGAAUUAAGAUCAGACUGACAAUAGCCUUUAGUGGGAAACUAGCAAACCUAAAGAAAAACUGGCCCAGCCAGUGUUGCUCAGUGAUUGAGUGUCAACCUGAGUCUUAGGAGGUCAUUGUCUGAUUCCCAGUCAGGGCAUAUACCUGGGUUUCAGGCUCAAUCCCCAAUAGGGAGCAUGCAGGAGGCAGCUGAUACGGGAUUAUCAUCAUUGAUAUUUCUAUCUCUUCCUCUUAUUUUCUGAAAUCAAUAAAAUAUAUAUGUUAAAAAAGAAAAACUACCUAAUCUCUGUGCUAAGAAUUUCAUUGUUGAUAAGGACAUUUCAUAGACCAUUACCACUGGACUAAUUCACACAUUUAAAUUUUUAACAAGUACUUGUGAGAACAUAAUCAAGAAACAACAUACUAUGAGGGAUCAGAGCAGGCUUCACUGUGGAUAUGGUUUUAAAAAAUUUUUAUUUUUAAAAUUAAUUUCAGAGAGAGGAAAUGAGAGGGAGAGAUAGAAAUAUCAAUAAUGAGAAUCAUUGGUCUGCUACCUCCUACACACCCUCUAAUCAGGUUUGAGCCCACAACCCAAGCAUGUGCCCUGACUAUGAAUUGAACCAGGAGGUCAUUUAUCAUUGCUCAGUCAGCCACACUGACUGGACUGGAUAUGAUUAAUUAGAAUCCUAAAGGAUGAGGACUAAGUAUGAAACUGCAAGCACACACAGUCUGGGGGGUCACUGUAGGCAAAGCAGACCAGCAACUUCUGUUAUAUUUGCUGCAGGUGUCUAGUUUCAGGUAUUAUGGUUUUGGGGUAUUCCUAUUGGCAGCAUCACUAAUAAUAGCAGCAGUCAUUUCUCCUUCCUUGAAUCAUAGUUUUAGAGGUUUAUCUUGAAAUUAAUAGUCCAGAGCUGUUUCUAUUACUUCUCCAGUCCACCUACCAAUUUUUAAGCAUCAAUUUUCUAUAAUAUAUGCCUUGAAAUAAGAGUUCUUGUUUUCUACAAUGAACCUUGAUAGAUAAUUAUGGUUUAUAAGGAGCAUGGCUUCAAAUAUUAUCUUAUAUAAGAAUUACAUAAGAGAUGGAAUAGUCUUACUUAUCCCCAUGGUUUCCUGUCUCCCAUGGUUUCCUAUCUUGCUACAAGAAAGGUAACAUAGAUCAAUGUUUGGGUUGUGUGGACACUUGGAAGUAAAGGGCAGUUUAUGUAAUUAUAUUUCAGAUUAUGUUCUCUAUGGCAUAUGAUAAUUGUAAGUAAUAAAUUAUUUUAAACCAGGACAGUAUAUCCUGAUAUAAUAUUUCUGAUGUGGAGUGUGUGAUAGGGUUUCAGACUUUAGAUAAACUACUACUCUAGUACAUGUGAUACUUUAACUGAAAACCAAGAGGUGAAGGCACAUUCCUUUGCAAUUCUAAAGAGAUAGUGGGUUUGGAAUGAGAUGGAGAAUUUUUAAUAUGAAGCAGAGAUUUAUCUUUUCUUUGAUUAUUUGUGAGGUUUUGAAAUUCUAGGGAAUGUUGAAGGAUCUUUGAGGGAUAAUUAAGGAAGCAUGGCAUUCUCUAUCCUCUCUCUGCUCUCUCAAGUACUGGUACUGCACAAAUGAAGUAGUUCUUGAAUUCCCCAGGUUUCUUUGCCUUCACUACACAUACUUUUAUGUCAUCUUGUUAUUUCAUGAGAGAAUUCAUCCAACUAUUCAUAUUCGUUUUAAAAGAAGCACACAACAGACUGGUGUAUUUCAAGAAAGAAAUGGGGUGGGAAGAGAUUAACCAAUGAACUUAUAUAUAUGCAUAGCCCAGUGACAGACAAUAGUGCGGGAAAAGCCUGGGGAGGAGCCAGGAGCUGGGAGGAGG